AUGUUCACCCGCACUCCGGUGGUGGGCUCCGGGCUCGGCGCCCCCCCCGCCCCCCGCCCGGCCCGGGACCCCCCCGGGCGGCCUCGGGAGCCGGGCCAGCUGCAAGGUCCCAGACCGGGUUCGCAGGCGACCCCCCAGAGCCCUUCGCAGGAGAGCCCACGGCUCGCCGGCCAGCGGUGCACAGGCGCAUAUACCUUGAUAACACCAAAUGAAAACCGAAGAAAUCAGAUACAAAGGAUUGCUGAGAAAGAGCUGGAAAAUCUUGAGAAGUGGAAAGAACAACAGCGAGCGAAGCCUGUUACCCUGGUCCCAAGGCGCUUAGGUGGAAGCCAAUCGGAAGCUGAAGUCAGGCAGAAACAACAACUCCAACUGAUGCAAUCGAAAUACCAACAAAAGCUAAAAAGAGAAGAAUCUGUAAGAAUCAAGAAGCAAGUGGAAGAGGCCAGAAUACAACAGAUGAAGGCAGUUCAGAGACAGAAGAGCAAUAAACUAGAGGAGAAAAAAAGACUUCAAGAAAACCUCAGAAGAGAAGCAUUUAGAGAGCACCAGCAGUACAAAACUGCGGAGUUCCUGAGCAGACUGGACACAAAGUCGCCAGAUAGAAGUACCUGUCAAAAGGCUCUUCAUGACUCACAGUCUUCAACUUGGAAACUUCCUGUCCUGCCUGGGAAUCCUACCUCGGCCAGAAGCUGGGCUUACAAGGAUUCUCUAAAGGAAGAAGAAAAUAAGAAAUUGCAAAAGAUGAAGGAGGAACAACGUCAGAAGAGUGAAUUACUGGAAUUUAACCGGCAGCAACAGGAGGAAGAGAGAACCAGAACCCACCAGGCUGAACACAAGAGGGUAAAUAAUGCUUUUCUGGACCGACUCCAAGGCAAAAGUCAACCAGGUGGCUUCGAGCACUUUGGAGGCCAUUGGAAUAUGAAUAGUGGUAACAGCUGGGUGAGUUUUUUCUUGCUCUCCAAACAUCUUUGCUGUUUAUAUAAUGAAAUAUUUACUUACAUCUGUCCUUUGUCAACGGACCUUGAAGAACAUCACUCAAUGCUUUUCCUUCAUGCUGCUUUGUUUAUCCUUACUGUUUUCACCUUGACUUCAACUGCCCACUCACUCAGCUGAACACGUGGGAAUGACCCGUUUUCCCCUGUCAUUAUUUACACGUGCUUGCAGGAGCUGAUUGCUGAGCUCAUACUUAAUUUC